AUGGUUGGCAAUAUGCGGUCAGCCGCUGGACUGUUCUAUGCCGCAGUCUUUGCCUUUUCCAAUUUGGCGACGGCCAGCAGUCAUGGCUCAACGGGCCUGGAUACGAUGAACAAAUGCGCGAUCGAUCCAUCAGCGAUGGUGUCCGACGCGUGUGUUUCCUACGGCACGAUCAACAAACUCAACGAUGAAAUUUACACCCUCCUCCAGUCAAUCACCCUCGAAACCGACUUCUUCUCCUACUACCGCUUGAACCUCUUCAAUAAAGAAUGUCCGUUCUGGUCAGACUCAAAUAGCAUGUGCGGUAAUAUCGCGUGCUCCGUGAAUACGAUUGAUUCCGAAGAAGACAUCCCCCUCGUCUGGCGGUCGGAAGAAUUGAGCAAGUUGGAAGGUCCCAAGGCGAACCACCCGCCUCGCAAGGUCCAGGCAGAGCGCCCGAAAGAGCGCCCGCUCCAGGGUAUGCUGGGUGAAGGUGUUGGAGAGAGUUGCGUGGUGGAGUACGACGACGAAUGUGACGACCGUGAUUACUGUGUCCCGGAGGAUCAGGGUUCCGCCGGCAAGGGCGACUAUGUGAGCUUAGUGGACAACCCGGAGCGAUUCACCGGAUAUGCAGGAGAAGGCGCGCACCAAGUGUGGGAUGCGAUCUACCGUGAGAACUGCUUCAUGAAGCCUAUGGCCGAGGAGCUAGAGGAACAGUCGCUCAACGUCCCCCUGGGCGGCCUGCAGGCCGUGUCCGAUUUCCGCAACGUCCUGCAAAAGGAAUCGCAGCGACUGGAUGGAUUGCCCUUGGAUAAUGAGUGUUUGGAGAAGCGUGUCUUCCACCGGCUUAUCAGCGGAAUGCAUGCCUCCAUUUCCACACAUCUCUGCUGGGACCACCUCAACCAGACGACCGGCGAGUGGCACCCCAACAUGCAGUGCUACAAGGAGAGGCUGCACGAGCACCCGGAGCGCAUCUCCAACAUGUACUUCAACUAUGCCCUGGUCUCGCGCGCCGUUGCCAAGCUGCGUAAGCAUCUGCAAGGCUACACAUUCUGCACUAGCGAACCCGAACAAGACAUGGAGACCAAGCAGCGAAUCAACCAGCUCACCGAGGUUCUCUCACGGCCACCGCAGAUCUUUGACGAGAACCUGAUGUUCCAGGACCCCAGCACUCAAGGACUGAAGGAAGACUUCCGCAACCGCUUCCGCAACGUCAGCCGCCUGAUGGACUGCGUGGGAUGCGACAAGUGCCGACUCUGGGGCAAGCUGCAGGUGAACGGGUAUGGAACUGCCCUCAAAGUCCUCUUCGAGUACGAUGAGACCAAGAACGGAGAGAACCCGCCGCUGCGCCGCACGGAGCUGGUAGCCUUGAUCAACACGUUGGGUCGCAUCUCGCACAGUAUCGCUGCGGCGCGUAGCUUCCACGAAGCUCUGGAGGCCGGCCAUGAGAAUGCCUUCCCGCUUCGACACUCGGCGCCCUCGACUCAUAAUCACGCCGAGGCCAAGAAUCAGGAUACAGAACCGCGGAAAUUGUUCCACGAUGGCACUGGACAGUUCUAUUACGAGAAUGACGAGGGUGACUAUAUCUACGGACGAGAGAAAGCGGAUCGCCUUCCGUGGCAACGUCCUCCCCGGAAGCCGGAUGCUUCUGCCUUUGACGAUAUCAAGACCGAGUUUGAUAUGGUCUGGGACGUGACUGCAUACGUCCUGCGGAGCUGGCUGGAUAUUCCUCGGACAUUAAUCGAAAUCGCCGUGUGGGAAGGACAGCGUCUCUGGGCCUUCUGGCUGGGUCUACCCGUGCCUCCUCGCCCUUGGAAGCUCCAAGCCCCCGGGUCUGAGGGAACUCGACGACCCCCAGCCAAGGCUCACAGCGAACUGUGA